AACUGUACUCAAAAACUCAAAAGAAAAGUCUCCUCAAAUUCUUUCAUUUUCGUUAAUUUUCAUGUUAUAGUUCUGAAACAGUGCCCCAUAUUAAAAAGCUGAAAAUUAGCACCAACAAGAUCCACCUCGAACACCCCUCAUCCACCAUCCACCACCCUUUCACUACAUUCUCUCUACUUCUCUCUCUUCUUCCUCAAAAAAUCCCCCAAUAAAUCAACCAUUUUUCAUGGAUAAUUAUCUUUUCCUAUUUAUGGGUUUAUUAAGAAAUAAAAGUACCAUUUAUAGAAUAUAAUUCUCCUUCAAUUAUCCUAAAUACACAAAUUUUUUCAUCAAAAUUAAAAUUUGAAACAUACCCAUUUGAGAAAAGUGCCUUAAUUUUGUUGGGUAAGACUUGAAUUUUUGAAAAGUGUGAAAAAAAAUAAUGAGAGAAGAAGAUUCAAAUUGGUUUUCAAAGUGGGAAGAAGAACUUCCAACACCUGAUGAAUUAAUCUCUAUUUCUCAGAGUUUAAUUACACCUGAUCUUGCUUCUGCUUUUGAUAUUCAAAACCAUGGAAGUAGUAAUGGAAAUAAUACACCAACGUCUCUUCUUCAUCUUCAUUCUUCAUCUUCCCCACAGUUGUUUAGCCAUUACCAUCAUCAGAACCAGCAACAACAGAGCAGUUCAGCCCCUUUAGGGCCUCCUCCUCAGCCUAACUCGUCCGAGUUUGACUCAUCUUCAGCCGAGUUGGGUGGUGGUUGUGGUGGUGGAGCUUCUUCAGGUGGGGGUGGUGGUGGGGCAGAUGAGCCAGCUAGGACUCUAAAACGGCCACGCCUUGUGUGGACCCCACAACUUCACAAAAGAUUUGUUGAUGCUGUGGCCCACUUGGGUAUCAAAAAUGCUGUACCCAAGACUAUAAUGCAGUUGAUGAGUGUUGAUGGGUUAACAAGAGAAAAUGUUGCUAGUCAUUUACAGAAGUAUAGAUUGUAUCUUAAAAGGAUGCAGAGUUUGAAUAAUGGUGGUGGGCCUGGAAAUGGUGGUGGGCCUGGUAACGGGUCUGUUGCUGGGCUUGGAGGAUCCGGUGAUCCUGCUACUGAUCAUUUAUUUGCUAGUUCACCGGUUCCGGCCCAUUUGUUACACCAAGGUGGGCCCGGGGGUGGUGGUGGUGGUAGAGCGAGUUCGGAUCAUUUUAUGCCUUACAUGCCGGUUACGGCCCUAAACCACCAUCAUAUGGCGGCUGCUGUGGCGGGUCACCCACAGAUUCAAGCCCAAUUUCAACAUCAUAGACAAAUGGGCCAUUUCGGGUCAGCCCAAAGUGGUGGGCAUGGGCAAUUUGAGCAUCCAUUUUUGUCAAGACAAGCCCAAUUGGGCCCAAACAGAAAUGGAAUGAUGCAGAAUAAUUCAGGGUAUGUUGAAGAUUUGGAGUCUGCAACAGCCAACAAUGGCAGGAAAGUCCUUACUCUCUUUCCUACUGGAGAUGAUUAAUAUUUUUUAUAAAAAAAAUAUUGACAAAAUAUUUCAUCAAACAAUUCCCAAAAAUAGGAAAAAAAUUUGAAUUAUAGUUUUUAUGAUUAACUUGGGGAAAAGGGUGUUUUUCAUUAUUGUUAAUUGUUAAUUGUUGUUUCUAAUUAUGGCCAAAUUAGUGUUUAAUUAGUCCAAUCAGGGUCGGAUUCGAAUUAAAUUGUCAUCCCCGAACAUAAUUAAACUUCUAUUAUAAUUAUUGUUAUUAUUGGUGGUAAAAUUUAAGGUAAUCUUAUAGAGUUGUUAAGAUCAUUUUCGAGUUGAGGUCAGUAAGAAAAUCGAACUUUUGUUACUAAGGGUGAAACCGAAAAUCUUUUUGACCCCUUUUUAUUGGGCAUUUCUAGUGACUGAGUAAAUUGAUCAUGAUGUCACUUUUAUAGGCAACCUGCAAUCAUUCUUGUGGUUUUUGAGUGUGUGAUGAUCAUGUUCUGAUUUUUCUUAUCUGAGACUUUCUAUUAUUAUCAUUCAACAUUGAAGAAGUAUCACAUAAUGGAAUUCAAUUAUAUCAAGAUUCUUUUUUUCUUGAUAUCUUGAUCAUGGCAUCUUUGUCUGGGCCCAUCAGAAACAAAUGGGGGUUUUGCUCGAUAAUGUCAAAGUCUUAAUCCCAAUUAUUUCCGAUGCACCAGAAACAAAUGCGGGUUUUGCUCCGAUAAUGUCAAAGUCUUAAUCCCAGUUAUUUCCGACGCACCAGAAAGAAAUGUGGGUUUUGCUCGAUAAUGCCAAAGUCUUAAUCCCAAUUAUUUCCGACGCACUAGAAAGAAAUGCGGGUUUUGCUCGAUAAUGUCGAAGUCUUAAUCCCAAUUAUUACGAUGCACCAGAAACAAAUGCGGGUUUUGUUCUGAUAAUGUCAAAGUCUUAAUCCCGACUAUUUCCGACAAUGUGCGCAUCAGUGCAGGGUGCUUCAACAGCCUUCAUUUAGUGUAUUGUAACAGUAUAAGUGUAGUUUUUGGCCAAUGUAGAUGUUGUUUUUCUUGUGUUGUAAUUUGUAAAUUAUGUCUACCAUUCCAACAUAUUUUAAACCUCUAAUGUUCAUAACUUAUAGUAUUAUGUUCUGUACUAAUGUGUACUUAUGUACUAGUUCAUGAUCAUAUAUUCAUUCUGUAUUCUGUA